AUGGCGACCAAAGUCGAGUACUACGAUGUAGCAAUCCCCGAUGGCGUUGUGCCGACUAGCUCCACACUUAUUCGCCUAGGAAAGAAGAUCUCAGUGCCUCCUGCUGGAAUCGGAUUAUGGGCUUGGGGAUCCUCUAAUUGGGGAUAUGGCACCUACGAUUCAUCAUUCACAGAAACUACCAUUCAAGAUGCGUUUGACGAGUGUCUGGCCCAGUUUCCUGAAUCUGUCUUCUUUGAUACUGCUGAGGCUUAUGCUGAAGGCGACUCUGAAAAGUUUCUUGGUGAUUUGAUCCAGAAAUACCAUGUCGCGCAUCCUACUCCUGCUCCUGAGUCAUCAGACACACUUGGACAUGAUCGAAUCGUUGUUGGAAGCAAAUUCGUACCAUUGCCAUGGAAGCUUUCAUAUCCUUCCAGUCUGCUCACGUCUCUCCGUGCAACUCUGGAACGACUUCAAAUGAAGACUAUUGACUUGUAUCAAAUCCAUGGUCCAGUGUCUUUACGACCAGUGGAAGUCCUUGGAGAAGCGCUCGCUGAAGCUGUAAAGCUGGGUCUCGUCCGAGCUGUAGCCGUCUCGAACUUUUCAAUCUCCGAAGUCCAACGCAUCCACAAAACCUUAUCGAAACACGGCAUCCAACUUGCUUCAAACCAAAUCGAAUUCUCCCUCCUUCGACGAUUGCCAGAAACAUCUGGUUUGAUUGCAGAGUGCCAUAAACUUGGAGUCGCUGUCAUUGCAUAUUCACCGUUGGGAAUGGGUCGUUUGACUGGAAAGUACUCGAGUGAGAAUCCACCACCAGCUGGACGAAACUUUGGUGAUAUCGAUAUGAAACUCCUUGUUCCACUUUUGGACACAUUGAAGGAGAUGGCUGCUAGAUAUGAACGCACUGUUGCUCAAGUAGCAUUGAAUUGGUGUAUCUGUAAAGGCGCCAUUCCGAUUCCUGGAGCAAAGAAUAAGACUCAAGCGAUGCAAAACGCUGGGUGUAUUGGAUGGCGUCUAAAGCCUGAAGAUGUCGCCAAAUUGGACGCUUUGUCCUUUGUUGGCAAGACCACAAUGAUGUGGCAACAUGGCUAG